CGUGUCACCGCGUAAACGCGACCGGGUGCCUCACGCACCGGGGGCAGCCCAGGAAGGCGAGAGAGGCUCAAAUUAAGAAGGGCAGCAAACCAUGGCCGCCAGAUCCUUCCUCCCCCGCCCGCCCAAGCUCCCGAAGCAGGAGCGCCAGGCCGAGGAGCGCCGCUUGGAUGCCCUCUGGGAGCACUGCACGGGCAAGCCCGUCUCGCAGAUCGAGCUGAGUAUUUUGAGAGCGGCGGCCGAGGGCGGCCACCGCCGCGCGCAGUGCACGUUGGGCUUUUGCUACGAGGGUGGAGAUUUGGGGCUGCCCAGGGACAAGGCCAAGAUGUUCGACUGCUGGGUGGCUGCCGCGGAGCGGCGAGAGAAUGAUGUCAUCUUCCAGGGCGAGGGUCUCUCCGAGGCCCAGUUUCGUUUGGGGCGGUGCUACGCCGAGGGCACGACCGGCGUCAAGAAAGACAAGGAAUUAGCUCAUAUGUUUUUAUGGAGAGCAGCAAAACAAGGCCACGACCGCGCCGAAGUGUAUCUCAGGAAAUUGGAGCGGCCCUGGGAUCCCCUUUAUUAUGUAAAAAAAGCCGUCCGCAAAAAGCCGAAAAGAAUUACACUGGUCGACGAUCUGAUCCAGCCCAUCACUCAACAAAAAGAGGCGCCGACGUCACCUUCGAAGAUCUUAGACGACGGCGAGGACCCCACAAGUCCUAUCGCUAGAGCGAAAUUAAAGAGGCGCAUCUCGGACCAGAUCGAGAUCGUGAAGCGGCAGGCCGAGUUGGAGGUGAGGCAGGAACGAGCGGAGCGGCGGAAGAAGCUCGAGGAGCUGCGGGGCGCCGUGGACCUCUAUGACGUGACGUUCGGAGGCGCGACGUUAGGUCUAUCAUUGGUCUUAGCCACGGACCAUCGCACGAAGCGCAAGAUGAUCAUCGUCGACACUAUCCGAGAAGCGUCGCCCGCUUCGAAUAUCCUGCAGCCGCAGGACGAACUCGUCGCGAUCGGCGAGGACUUUGACCUGCCAAACCACAUCCUCAUCUUCGAGGAGAUCUCGAAGCAGAUAGAACGGCAGCCGCGGCCGCUCACCUUGACGUUCGCGCGCUUGCACGCCCACCGGCCGGCCGUGCUCGAGAGGGGCGCCGUGCCGCCGCCCGCGCCCGCGCCGCGGCUACCACCGCCGGCCGCGCCUGCCCCGGCGCCCGCGGCGGAGCCUUCGAAGGCGGCCGCGCCGGCGGCCGCGUCGCCCAAGGCGACCGCCGCCGCCGCGCCCGCCGCGCCCGCCGCGCCACCACCACCGCCGCCGCCGCCGCCUCCACCACCAACAACCAACAGCCCCAAGCCCACCAUGCCCCCGAAGCGCGCCAGCUUCGGAGAUAUUGGAGACACCUCGACGUCGAACGACGAGGACAUACCCGUGGUAGACACGCCGCGGACGGCGGAGCGCAAGGGCUUGAUCGGCAGCGCCAUGAAUUUGAUAGGACGCAUGCGCAGCCCGUCGCGCGACGAGGCGCCCGCCGCGCCGCCGCCGCCGCCGCCGCCGCCGCCGCCCGCGCCUGCACCGGAACGCCCGCGCGCAGCGUCGCCCGUGCAUUCCGAGGCCGGCUGGGCGACGGACGACAUGACGACGGCGUCGGACGAGUCCUGGGAGACGGAGCCCGAGGAGGAGGACGAAAAGAGGCCGCGCGCGAAGCCGCUGUCGCCCGACGCCGUGGCGGCCUCUGGGAAGUGUCCUACAUCAUUACCGCCGCCGAAGCUGAACCAAAAGCGCGCGACGCCCGAGGUCGAGAAGCGCAAGCCGAGUCGGCCCGACGCUUUGGCGGCCGCCGGGCGGUGUCCCACGGCCUUGCCGCCGCCGCGCGCGUCCACCAACCCUGCGACCUCGCCCAUCUCGCCAUCAAAACCGAAGCGGGCCGAACCGGACGACGCCGACGCGACGGACGGCGAGCGCACGGCGUCGCCUGCCGAUUUGAACCCGGAUUUAGGAGGCGGCUUCGUCGCAUCGGCGCGCGCGGCCAUGGUGCGCCUCUACGAGCGCUACAACCCGGAGAAGGUGGACGAGGUCGACACGUUGUUGACGAAGUGGCCCGGCCGCGAGGCCCAGCUACUGAGCGCCGUCGAGGCCAAGUACUCGCGCGAGGAGGCCGCGCCCGCGUCGCCGGCGGCUGUGCCCAAGCCCGCGGACGUCCUCGCCGCCGUCAUGGGCGACGCGGGGCGCACGAAGUCGCCGACGCCCGAGCGGAUGCCUCGCGAGAUCAUCUUCACGCGCGACGGGACGCCCUGA